CCCAGGGCCCCUCGCGUCCGCGGCGACAGGUGGCGGCGGCCCCCGGCUAAAAGCAGCAACCGCGCCAAGCACGACCCGCCGCGCCGCCGGCGGGACACGGGGCCGCGGCGGCCACCGAGAGCAGGGGCGAUGCGGCACCUGCCGCGCAUAAAAGUCAUGGGGCGGCGGGGCGGCGGCGGGCGCCAUGAAGGCCGGCGGGGGGGCGGCACAGCCGCGGGCGGCGGGCGGCGGGCGGCGGCGGCGGGCGCGGGGAGGCGGCGGGCGGCGGGCGGCGGCCAACGCCCGGGAGCGGGACCGCACGCACAGCGUCAACACAGCCUUCGGCGCCCUCCGCCGGCUCAUCCCCACCCGCCCGGCCGACCGCCGGCUCUCCAAGGUGGAGACGCUGCGCCUGGCCUCCAGCUACAUCUCGCACCUGGCCAACGUGCUGCUGCUGCAGCGGCGGCAGGCUGAGGGCACGGCCGCUGCCCAGCCCUGCCCGGAUCCCUGCCCGCAGCCCUGCCCGGACCGCUGCCCGCAGCCCUGCCCGCAGCCCUGCCCGCAGCCGGGCGCCGCCGCGCCGCGGUCCAUCUGCACCUUCUGCCUCAGCGACCAGCGGCAGCCGCACCGAGAAGGGGAGAAACCGCUGUCCGGUCCAGCGUUAAGCGGACACUGAAUGGGCUGAGAAUCUCGCGGAAACCUUGCACUGACUGUAAGACUGCUCUGGGUAACGUCG